CAGUGGAAACAGCUGCUGUCUGAUUGGACUGAGAUACUUGUGAGGAGUUCAAGAGGCAGCAUGAAAGAGAAACACUCAAAAAAGGUUUUCACUCAUCUGACUCACACAAUUGUGCCCGGAUGGCUCAAACUGAAUGUGUGAUUGAGAUGACGGGUGAGAAAAAGAGAGAGCGGUGAAUGUGUGCGUGUGAAAGAAAGAGAAAGAAAGAGAAAGAGAGAGAGAGAGAGAGAAAGAGAUAGAGAGAGAGAGAGAGAGAGAAAGAGACGUAGAGAGUCAGAGAGAUGAGUUCUUCUACUCCACCCACAUCCAUCCGUGUCCAGUGUGAGGGGGAGGUGAAACAGUUGAGAGCUUACUGUGCUAUUAACUGGCAUUAUUGAGUUGCUUCACUCUGGAGACGAGACUAGUCAAGACUGCUCCUUAUCAGAAUUUCACCCAGUUGGGGCAACAAUGACUUCCCAUGUGAAACUCCGGAAAGAGAGAGUCGGGAUUGUGGACUAUGAUACACAAAUCAAAGAGGUGCGAUGCCAGCUUGUAGACCAGCUGAAGGUGUUGGACCUUCAACUAGAGCAGAAGAGCCAGCAGCUACUAGACCUGACAGACUAUCUGCGACGGCGGAGUGAGAUUGAAAGCGAGUACGCACGCUCCAUGGAAAAACUUGCUGAAAGAUUCACUUCCCGGACUAAGAGGAAGGAGCCCAGCAGUCACUCUGUGGCUCAGGUCUGGCUGGCUCUUCUGUCCCAGACCCGCCAAGAAAGUAAGGACCACAACAGACUGAGUGAAAGCUGUAGCAAUCUCCUCAUCCAGCCCCUCACACACUGCCUGGAGUACACACAACGCCUUGCCAAAAAGAGUAAAGAUGUCUGCACUCAGCUACAAGACGGGCUGCUCAAGGUUACCACAGAGCUGCAGACCGCAUGGCGGACAUACUACCAGUACCAUUCAGAAUAUAUGCUUGCAGAUGGGAAGCUGAAGGAGGCAGAGAAACAGGAGGAAAAGCAGAAGCAGAGUGCUGCUAAGAAACUGGAGAGGUUGAUAGAAAAAAGACAAGGUAAGGUCAAAGAGAUCUACCUCAAGUGCAGCAAGGCCAGAAACGAGUACCUUCUAAACCUGGCUGCAGCCAACGCCUCCAUGAGCAAGUACUACCUCAAAGACAUCUCUACUCUCAUAGAUUGUGCAGAUGCAGGGUACCACCUCUCUUUGAGCAGGGUGAUGCAGACCUACCUGUCCAGCCGCAGGCAGACUCAGCAGAACCUCGUUACAGGUCUGCAGCAGCUCCAAGGCACAGUGACUGGUCUGGACCAGAGCCAUGACAGGGACAUCCUCCUGCAGGACCACCAUAACACUUUCUGUAUGCCACUCCGCUUCCCCUAUCAGCCACAUGAUGGAGACCAGGUUUCUGAGGUCAGUGCAGAGUGCGAGAUGAGAUGUGAGCUGGAUACCAGAUUCAAACAGAUCCAAACCAGACUGAAAGCAGUCACCCAGGAAGCUGAGGAGGCCAAUACAAGCAUGACAGCAGCUCAGUCUUCCCUGCUGGAUAACAUCAGUGAUGAUGAUCUUGACCCUGGCAGCGGCUCAUCUCAGGAGGGCAGCACUGAGAAUCUGAUGGUUAAGCCCAGUGUGGCCCGUCGCAGGGCCAGCCUGCAGGAAAUAGAAAACCUCUACAUCACUAGGGUAAAAGAGUAUCUCGUAAGCAGCUCCCUGGAAUCUAAACUGCAAGCCAAACAUGAUCUGCUGAAAGGGGCUGUGGAAAAAGCUGAAGCAUCAAAUGGACAUCAGCCAAGACUCAACGGACAGUUAGUGCGUGUCAGAAAGAAUCCCUCCAGCGCCAAUUUGAUGCACAAUCACAAACUUUUCAAUGGAGACAUGUUAUCCUUUAUUCAGGCAUCAGGACAACAGAUUCCAGUAGUUGUAGAAACUUGCAUUUGCUACAUCAACCUCAAUGGUCUCCACCAUGAGGGCAUAUUUAGAGUUCCCGGGUCUCAGGUGGAAGUCAAUAACCUGAGGGACGCUUUUGAGCGAGGAGAGGACCCCCUGGCUGAGCAGAGAUUUGACCUGGACUCUGUAGCUGGAGUGCUAAAGCUCUACUUCAGAGGUUUGGAGAAUCCCCUCUUCCCCAUUGAGAGCACCAGCUUGCUUCUGGAGCACGCUCAAAUAAAGAACGAGGCCGAGAGAGCGGCUCAGCUCAAAACGGUCAUCUCCUGCUACCCAGAGCCUGUAAUCAUCGUUAUGAGAUACCUCUUUGCAUUCCUUCACCAUGUGUCUGAGUACAGUGAUGAGAACAUGAUGCAGCCUUACAACCUGGCGGUGUGUUUUGGGCCCAGCCUGGUGAGAGGAGAACAAAAUGAGGAUGUUGUCACCUUGCAGCCUCAAAUCAAUGCUCUGGUGAAGAACAUCAUCCACCAGCACGAGAUUAUCUUCCCCAGUCAGGCUGAAAUACCAGGACCGGUGUAUGAGAAAUGCAUGACGCUGGAACAGGAUGACUGUGAACCCAACAUUGAGGAAGGAGAUGUCGAAGCAGAAUACAGCCAGAUCAAAGCCGAGCUGGAAACAGGCCUCUCAGCUGAUAACAGCACCAGCUCAUCUGCAUCACCAGCACAGAAAAAAGCAGUACGUCCCAGAGCCAACAGUAGCGGCUCAAUUGAUCAAACUAGGUUGUCAGCUGGACCAACAGGGGGCAGCAUCACCACACCAGGUGGAAAGUUAAUGUUGCAAAUUCCCAUGGGGAAACCAAGGCGUUUCCACUCUCCUGGACAUGUGCUCAGACAAUACCAGGAGGUGUCUUCUUCUGAGGAUAUUCCUGUCAAAGUAGACAAGGAGGUUUGUCGCCAGAUGGACACAGUCUUCAAGGAGCUCCUCUCUCGGCAAGUAGUGCAAGAUCUGUCCUCCACCGCCUCUUCUCCCUCUGCCCAAGCUGCCCAAAGGAAGGGGAGGCGAGAUGUACGCAGGGGGAGAGGAGUAGGACUUUUCAAAGCAGCAGAUCCAAUGGACUGAGGGCACUGCCAUCACUAGAGGAUAUAGGAAGAGACAAAUGAAAACUGGGGUGUGUGGUGAUGAGUUAUAGGGACUGCAUUUCUAAAAAUCUUAGAUCACUGAUUUAUAGUCACUUCUCUGAGGUUCCUGUAAGUGGUCGAGGCUGCUUCACACAGACCAUCUCUCCUCUCAGAAGCCCUUUCACUCAUGUACAUCUGAGCCCUGCAGUACAAUGUUAAAAUCUGGCUUACUUGAAAUGCACAGGUGUGUUUGUGUACAGCUCAACAUUUUUAUUCAGUUAGCGACUUUAUUUGAAUCUGUAAAAAUGUUGAUUUUGAAUUUUCUGUUUAAGACAAAUUUUCGGUUGUUUUUUUUAGUCGGUACACGCACAUCGUCAUACAGCACACAGAAUUCAUCAAGAGUGUGUUCUUGAAAAUAUAAUGGAGUUGCAACAUUUCUAAGAGAACUGUGAAUACUGUAGCUGUAAAGAUUUUGUAUAUAUUAAUUAUUUGUAACUUGGUUCAUACUCUAUGAUUUGUCUGUAUAUCUGAACCUCAUGCAAAAAUAAAUAUUUUGUGUAUUCUGACAGUUA